AUGUCUUAUAACUGUCCGAAAUUACGUAUAAGUACGACGUCCAAAGUUCACGUUCUUGGUCAUGGUGUAGCUAUACUGGGGACAUUACGACAGAACAGAGCAGCACCCGAACAGCGCUCCGCUAAACUUUAUAUGUACAGAAAUGGAAAGCUGAAAACAAACACAAAUAAUCUAACAAAGGCGCAAGCCAAGCAGAAAACGUUGCUCUAUGGACCGUACACAAGCACUGUGAAUAUUACAAAGAAGUUCGUUUUGGUUCCGGCACUUAACACCGCCAUGUUCACCCUUUCGGUGCUUAUCCUAGCGGCUUUCGCUUCAAUGGGCACAUCAUUGGCGUCCUCUCAUCCACUCGUGGCCCCAGCAGCACACAUGCCAACACUUGGUGACGAGAUAUUAAUGGACGAAUACAUGUUCAACAGGAGACGACAGAGACGUAACCGGACUACUUUUACGCCACAGCAGCUCAGUGAAUUGGAAUCUCUGUUCCAGAAGACGCAUUACCCUGAUAUAUUCGUCCGCGAGGACUUGGCGAUGCGGAUUCAUUUAUCCGAAGCCAGAGUACAGGUAUGGUUUCAGAAUCGCCGUGCGAAAUGGCGCAAAGCUUGUCGAAUGCGAUUUGGUCGCGAAGCCUGGAGGGCUCGCCAAAUGGCAUACGCUACUGGGAAUCCUGUCGCGUCGGCGAAUCCCUGGCUGACCGCUGCUGGCGCUGCCGCUGCGGCCGCAGGUGUCCAUCCACCUUCCGCCACUGCUACCGAUUUGCUGUACAAUGAAACUAUGAGAGCGGCAGCUGCGCAGAACUGCUUGCGAGAUGGAAUUGCUGCAGCAACUUUAUCCGCACGCCACGCACCAGGGGUCUCGAACAUUCCCGGAUGUGCUUGUUUACUCACCAAUAAAGACCACAAAAUUCCCCACCCUUCCGUCACAUCGGUACCGACCAGCGCCCUCAACAGCCUCACCGUACCAAGCAGUAUUUUCGCAGCCGCCAAGUUGGCAUUACCGAGUUCGCUCGGCAGCGGGAGCGCUCUUCUCACCAGUGGUAACUGUGGCACUUUCUCUGCUUGCAACGACCACUGCAACUCGAGCGUUGCUGCGCUCAGACUGCGUGCAAAGGAACACAUCCAGCGGGAGAGCAUCACGAGACCAUCCCUGUGGCCCACAACAACCCACACGACAGCCAGCACUGAAUCACUGUCGUCAGUGUCGAGUAUAUCAAGCAAUGGAACGGACAAAAACGAAGAGCGCAAAUGA